UAAGCCCUAUUCCGGCACAGUGCUAUGUACAUAGAGGACACCCCGGGUAGUUUAACGUGACUAGGUUUUGGAUCGAGCUCUCCCCUGUACAGAUGGACGCGAAAAUGGGACCCUAGAAGACGGUCCACUCAUACCUAUCUUUGCAAACCCCCCAUUUUGCUAUUUAUCGGAUCCUUACUUCCAAGGACGUUACAAAAAAUCCAUUUGUUCGUUAUUCGUGAUCAAUGAGACAGCGGGAUUUACACCAAGUUCUAUAAUUUUAAAAUCAUUAUUUUUUUUUUAUAUUCAGUAAUUUUUUUUUUUAACUUGGAGCGUACUGGUGUUGUGGUGUUUUUUCUCUCCAUUUCUUAACCGGAACCAGUGCAUCGAAUGUGAAUGUGUGUUUUUGAAGAAAUGAGUGACUGUCGUGGAAAUGGUUCGUCCUACGAGAAUACAGCGAACUAGUAGGACAUCCUCAUAGAAUGGAAAAUGUGUGCGUUUAUGUCUUACUGGCGAUCCUCUCUCACCCCCAACUCUUGUCUGCAGACGCGUGCAAUGAAGACGGGACCAAUGACUCUUGUUGGUAUACCUUCUGGUAUGUCUGGGUGGCCCUGGGCUUAUUCAUUACAGUUUUAAUUACUAUGGUAAUAGUUUACUACAAACACAAAUGGUCAAAACGGAGGACGCGCGUACGCAGAAUAGCAGUUGUCCAACCGCAGAAUCCACCUCCCUACGAGGCCCCCAGCCAACUUCCGCCCAGCUACGAGGAUUCACUCAAACACAGCGUGGCUAUUAAUAUCCCCGGAUAUCACGUGAUGGAGAGCCGACCGGGCAUGAUCAGGGGUCACCACCUUGUAAAUGUGGACCCCGCUACACCACAGCAUUCCAGACCAAAUCAGUCACGUGGCAGUCAGCUCUCAAUGCCACCCAACUACGAACAUGCCACUUCCAGUAGGAGUUGACGCAUGCGCAGUAACGAUACUUCAGAAAGUGAAUAAAAAUUUACCUCAGGAAGUGGAUAAAAAUUAUAGGCUACAAGGGUAUCAAUUUGAGUGGGUUUUUUUUUUGUAUUGGGCGGAUAAAUAUUACGUACGUAAUGACGCAUGUGCAAUGAGAGAGGAUGUUGACAGUGUUGUGCACACUGAAUCAUUGAUCUGUGAUAAUUAUAUAUUCUGUUAUUGUUUUUCACUAAUGAUUCUUAUCUGUGAUAUUUAUAAUGUUUUGUAUGCAUAUUUUGUAUGCAUUCUGUUCUAAUUCAUGAUAUAAAGCAGAACGCGUAAAGACGUUCAGAGCUUUGUUUCUAGAAACAAGUCAACCGAAAUAUGUGAAAAUUGUUCAUCUUUUGCUAAUAAAAAGAUAUUUUGUUA